CCUUCUGUGUUCUUUUCUACCGCAGCAAACAUUGCCUGGAGCGCAACGUCCAGGGGAACUGUCAUGUGCACAGCCUUAAUUAUGCACAUUGCCACUCCGGUGCUGCUACUGUUCCUGCUUGCUCAAGUGCCCUCAUCGGAAUGUUUGAAGUGUAGAAAGCUGAAAGGCUUGACAAAUGUUGAUUGGAACAAGUUCGACAAGACGCUUUGGGUUCAGUUGAAGGUCAAUAAACCCCACACGGUCACGCAAUGUAUAGCACGAAGUUAUCGCCCCAACAAAGGCCAAGUACACCUGAGAGCCAUAGGAGGAGUUCAUGGACAGACGUGGAACAUCUCCAAAGUCUACGACAAGGGAGAAGUCGAUGGAGACACAAUACGAUUUAAACAUGGUCGCGAUCCUCAUUUCUAUCAAAUACUGGACACGGACUAUAAAACAUGGAUAAUAGAGCAUAAGUGCUCCAACAUCCGUGGGGACGCCGUCUCGCUUAUGUAUCAUAAGCCAGUUCACGCGAUUCCGAGCGAAGUACUACAAAAGGCCGUCGAGGUAAUGCGACGGUCCGGAUUACCUGCAGACACCACUUUGAGUACUACUGAUUGCAUGUUAACUGGAGGUGGCAUAUCAGUCGAUGUACAACUCUGGUUUGAAGUUGUCAUUAAAGCUGAGACUUUUUGAGCCAGAAAUGAUCAAUAAAGUAUUUUGGUUCA